UGUGAACUCAAACCUCUCGUCUGCACAUUUGCAUUUUGUUGUCAUGGCAACAGCUGCAGAGGUAUUGGAUAUAAGCAAUUGUGUUUUCUUUCAGAACUUGGGAUAAAGCAGCGCUCUGUGAUUGUUGCUCUGCACAAUAGACUGCGCAGCCGGGUCAGACCUAUGGCAGCUAACAUGCAAAAGAUGGUUUGUGGUGACUCUUGUUUUUUCUUUGAAAACAGUUUCUUUUUCACGUCCUUUAUUAUGCAAAACAUGUGUGUGGUUUUCAGGGGGAACUGGGAGGUUAAUGGUAAACUGGUGAGGCCCUAAAAACUGGGUCUGUCCUGCUCCCUCUGCACCUCUUCCAUGUCUGGCUGCUUUAGACUGUGGGACCACGUAGGUGGAUUAUGUGAGAUUCCAAAGAACCCAUUUUGGAUGAGCUGUGGUCAACACGGUCAUCUCAAUGUUUCGUUCUGCAAGUGCAAGUGUGAUCCUGGGUUCACUGGACGCUUCUGUCAGGUUCGAUGCAGUGUGCAGUGUGUUCACGGCCGUUUCAAAGAAGAGCAAUGCUCCUGCUUAUGUCAUGUUGGCUUUGGUGGUGCAGAAUGUGCAGAGAAGGUGUCUUUUCCCCUCCACAGCUGUGAUUUGAUAAUGGAUGAUGAUGGAACGUGCUACACUAUCUCUUCAGAGGCUGACUCCUAUCGAGCCCAUAGUCACUGUCAGAGUCUUGGGGGAAUUCUGGCAGAAAUCCACAGUCAGAAGGUUCAGGACAUCCUGGCUUUUUAUCUCAGUGAGCUUGAGAAAAGCAAUGAAGUCACCCACACAGACUCUGAAACUGGAAACUUCUGGAUUGGUUUAACAUAUAAACCUCCUAAAGACUCAUUUCGCUGGGACUCAGGAAAAAUGCUGCAGUUCAGCAGCUUUGCCUUUGGGCAGCCCGACAGCCAAGGUUUUGGGAAUUGUGCAGAGUUGCAAGGUGCAUUCAACUGGAAUGAUCAACGCUGCAAAACACAGAACAGAUACAUUUGUCAGCAUGGUAAAACUUGUCCAGGGGAAACUGGAAGAAAGUGUGUAUGGAGGGAUGGAAGUGUCUUUGGCAGAAGUAACUAAAAAUCUCAUACAGCGGGUCAAUGAUCGUCUAAUGUCACUGUAUUGUUGUGUUCUGUGAAAAAUUACUGACUCAAGGACUCAACCUUUUUCUUCCAGAAACAGAAAGUAAUCUGCUGUUCCUUUAAAUAUUUUAAAUGUCCCAUAUUAUGUUUUUUUAUGUUGAUUACAAUUUGAUUUAUUUCAAAAAUAAUGAAAUACUAUCGUAAAAAAAAACACAAAACACAGAUAUAUUAAACCCAUUUCAGAUAUCAAGUAAAACAUUGAUUAAAAAAUAACAAAGAUGAUUAAAGGUGAUGCCAUCACAACAAACAUGUUCAAAACAACCUGAAGCAAAAAUGGUUUGAAUAAUAACAUGUUUGAGAAAUUCUGGACCCUAUUUUCUUUCUGUCUUUUUUUAAAAUAUAUUAUGGUGUUUAGGUUGGGAAACAGCAAAUGCCUUUUCCUUAAUGUUUCAGAUGUUAAGGAUCAGUAGCCUGUUGAACCAGUCAGCCUCUCCUCUCUUUAUCAACAUGUUUCUGCCUGAAGAAGGUUUGUUCGUCAUCACUUCAAUGUUGGACAUGUCCAUGGCUGAAACUUAUGAUAAGCGGCCCCAUGAUGAAAUCUAGCACCCACCUAAACAUGCAACUACUUUGCUUGUGAGGGCAAGUACGUUUUGUUUGCCUUUAUCAAAUGCCAGGGCUUGUUUCCAGAAUACUGAACCAAAAGGGUUAUUUGGAAAGUUGCAUUUGUGACCGUUGUAGCUAGGAGGCACAGUAGCCCAUUUAAGGAGUUUUCAGUCAGUACCCCAUCUACAGUUGUUUUGUAGGAGAAACACUCAUUCUCUCAUAUUUCCCUUAGAAUGAUGCAUUGUGCUGUGUGUUGUGCUUCUUUAAAGUAGAAAACAGCAGGCUCCAGCUUUCAAUGGUGAAACAGAUAUUUCUCUCCUCAGACUUCAUGGCCGUAGCGCUGAAAAAUAACAAAUCAGUGCCAACAUCUUUAAUGAAAUUGAUACUAAGUUGAAAAUUUGAGAAGAUGGUGAAAAGAAUGCUUUGAUGCUGAAAACUUCUCAUCCUGGUUUCAUUUCUGGAGAUGUCACAGAGAGAUUCCUUCGUCUCAGAAUUUCACAAAGAAUUGUUUUUUUUUUGUAAAUACGUUAUUUGAGCCUCAUUUUGGCUGUUUUUUUCUUUUUUUGCAGGACAAAUUUCUCCUGCUGUGCUCCACAUUACUCAGAUGUUUAGUGUUACUUUUCUCAAAGCCUCCAUCAGUCACUGCAGGGCAGCGUAGAUGUAAACCGCAGAUCUACUGUGUUCAAUAACAAAGUGGAAACAUCAGUGAAAUCUACGGGUGAUCGUGUUUACACAUUUCACAUGUCUGUCAGUCCAAAUCAAUGGCACUUGGUAAUCACCAUCAAGAAGCAUUGAACGUCAAUACAGCACCACGGAGGCCGGCACUGUUUAGACACAUGUAGCUCUUGUAUUGAUCGAGCGGAAUGAGCCGGAGGAAGAUGUUUUGUUUUGCCCUCUUGACUGUUUCUUUGGACAGGUCUGGAGUGUCAUCUGGUUUCAUUAUUCAUAGAUAAAUCUGCUGCGACUGUGGUCCGCGCUGCUAAGACCCCAUUGUCUGCCUCCGCAGUUUGUGAUUGGGUAGAUCUUUAUCUAAACUUGAGGCUUACUCCACAUUUGUGUGUCACACUGCCAAAGUCAUAAAUAGUGGUAAACCCUUGUGAACAUAUCCAUCCAAUUAGUUUGUUUUUUCAAAAUAAAGUGCAUUUUAUUUCAACAAUAAAGGGUAAGAAAUGUGUGCUGCACCUCUUCAGUGGUUCCCAGCUGUCUGCGCUUUUUUUUUGUUAAUUAGUAAUAAAAUGAUAAGUGGUAUCACACAGACUGAGACAGACACGGUGCUUUGCAUGUCAUGUGUAUUUCCAUCUGAAUGGAGUUUAGUGUUUAAUUAGCAGUCUCUUCACAUUUAUCUGUGAGUAGACUCACAAGAUAACUGGGGAUUAUUGAACCAAACAGCUCAAUGCAUUUUUUUUUCUCACUGUAAAGCUGGAGCACUUCUGUUCAGCAUUCUGAGCGCCACCUAUGUUCUCAUGCUUCCAUAACCUGCAUGUGUGCUUUUCUGUGUUUUUUAUGCAGCUGCAGAGCACAUUGACCUGUGGGGGAACGUCUGAUGAACUGAGAUCAGACGGAUGCCCCACGACUUCAAUCACUAAAGUAUUUACUACGAGUGUAUAUGAAAUUAUUUCAUCAAUAAAUAGUUUAUUUUGAUCCUUCUGCGUGAGCACUUUGAAAAGGCAGUUUAAGUGGACUUUUCUUAUGUCGCCUGUCUCCUCAUGCACCUAAAAAUCUGUUAUGUCUGUCAGAAUCAAAGGAUAUUUUAGGCAGCUAGCGAAAGUAAAGCAAGAAAAAAUGAAUGACCCACUUCCGACUGAGUUAGGGGGCUGCUUGAGGAUCCGCUUUUUGAUUAGACGACAACAAAUAAAUCCAACACAAAAAGAAAUAGACGGAGAAACUAAAUAAUUCAAGCUCAGACUUUCUGCAUACUCUUGAUAAGUAAAAAACAAAAAGCGCACCAUGAUGAAUGGAGAUUAUUUAAAAUUAAUUUCUUGUGAAAUAGUGCUGUGUAUCUGUUUAUACUCUUGUUUUCAAUGUGCUGAGAAAAAAACCUUAUGAAGCAUUUAAGAUAUAAUAUUUAGCUCUGAGCAACUCUCUUAAGUCACUUCAAUGUACGUUGAUGAAAAAUUAAUUUCAUUCACUUUGUCUAUUAUUUGACAGAAAUGUACACAUUUAUCAUUUGAAAAAGCUUCAUAUGCAUGAGACAAUGGUUUAUAUGCAUAAACCAUUAUAAAAUAAUAAUUAAAAAUAUAUAUAUUUACAUAUUUAUCACUCAUUUAUUUUUGCACAUUUCCUCACUUGUACAAGUUGUGUUAUAAAUGGUUGGGCAAAUGCAGAUAUUUGGCUAUCCCAGUUUUACUAUUUUUAUAACUCUUAAAGUUAAGACCAGAGGAAAAAAAGAUUAAAAAGAACAAAAAGCUAAAUACUUUUUUCAGAGUCAUCUAAAAUUAUUAGCUGAGAGGGCCUUUCAAAUAUUGUACAUUAGAGUAGAAAGACGUAGGGGUCUUUGUUGUGUCAGAACCUUGUCUGACCUUGCUUUUUGUAGAGUUAGCUCCAAAAAUAGAUUCAAGUAUCUUUCACUUUACAGAAAUCGAGACUCGACCAUAUGUAUGUUACGACCUCCAAGGGCAUAUUCUCCAAAGCCCUCAGGGUCUUCAGGAGGAGUGGGAUGAGCGACACAGCAGCAAAUGGCUAUUUGUUUUUGAUAGAUCAUUUUGCAAAUGUCCGCUUUGAAGGUGAGGACUUUAGCACACUGUAUGAAUAUACUGAAAUUCCACAGAACAUAAAAUCUGCGGUGAACAAAAACAUAACUAGUCAUUAAAAAAAUAUUUGACUGUGUAGA